UUGACAGGUCUACUAAGGACACACUUUCGGAUUGAGUGUUUGACUGGCAGAGCCACUCUACUACCAGAAAAUUAAGCAGCGUUUGCAGCAAGGAGGUAAACAGUACUUCUAUUACCUACCGCACUGACCAAUCUGCUCUGAUGGAAAAAUGAAGUUCCUCACAUGGACGAGAGGCUAUUUGAGGCUUCUCGCAAGGGUAACACCGCUACUUUGCUCCAACUUUUAGAGGAAGAUCCACUUAUUCUUGAAGAUAAUAGCAAACAUGCCUCAGUUGAGACUCCUUUGCAUAUAGCAUCCUUACAUGGGCAUACCGAUUUCGUAAGCAAUAUUCUCAGACAGAAACCAGGAUUUGCUAAAGUUGUAAACAGCAAAGGCUACAGCCCCCUUCACGUGGCUUGUGCAAAUGGGCAUGUGGAAAUAGUGAAAGAGUUGCUGAAAGUUGAUGGGGAGAGUGACCAUGAGCUUUGCAGACGUAAGGACAAGAAGGGGAGAACACCUAUGCAUUUGGCGGUGAUUAGAGGGAGAGACAGAGUUGUUGCUUCACUGAUCUUAGCUUGUCCAGAGUCCGUGAGAGAGGUCACGGAUAUAGGGGAGACAAUUCUGCAUCUAACUGUGAAGAGUGAAAAUGGAUGUAAAAUGCUUAGAGGUUUACUUGAAGGGUUCAAAUAUAAGGAGAUGCUCAACUGGAAAGAUGAGGAAGGCAACACUGUUUUGCACUUGGCUGCUGUGAGGAAACAACAUGAGGUAAUAAAAUUGUUGCUAUUGCAACCUGAACUUGAUGUGAAUGCAGUGAAUUCCAAUAAGUUGAAGGCCUUGGAUAUUUUGCUGAAAGGUCCUAAGCAAUCCAAUGAUCAAGAAAUUGUAGAGAUGCUCCAUCUUGCAAGCACUCCAAAAGCUGAUAAUCAAGAAUUACCAGAACAAUCUCAAGCAGAUGAGACUGUUAUUGAUGUAGAUACAAAAGGGAAGGACUCGACCUCAAAAAUGGAUACCGCAAGUUCUCUUGAGUGGCUUGGCGAACUGAGAAGCGGAUUGAUGGUAAUGGCAGUACUAAUAGCAACUGUGACGUUCGAAGUAGCAUUAAAUCCUCCUGGAGGACUUUGGCAGGAUGGGGUUCCUGCUGGUUCUAAUAUCACCAGGCUCAUGAAUAGCCACAGACCAGGAAAAGCAAUUGCUGGAGAAACCUCACCCAACAGCCUCACUUGGUUUAUGGUAUGGGACUCCAUCGGAUUUUUAGCAUCAAUGAGCAUCAUCGUAGUGUUGACAAGCCCCUCGAAGCUCAAGGGGAAUACGACCAGGUGGAAGUACAUUCGUUUAAUGAUGUGGGUGGUGAUAGCUUCAGUUCACAUGGUCUUCCUCUAUGGUGUUCAAAUAACCACUGCCUCGAAUAUCUUCAAACGAGCAGUGAUAGCGCCUUUUGUGUUUUUCUAUGGAGUUGUAGGUUUAUUAGCCCUGCGUUCAGGAUGGUCUUUAUUAACUGAGUGGUGUGAUCUGUUUAAGGAGUUAUGGACAAAGAAAAACAGAUAAGCUAAGCAUUUACAUUCUUUC